GCCGGCGUCUCGUGUUUUCCAGCUUCUUUGAUCUUGUGUUUCUGUUCUGAAGCAUUAUUUUCCUGAGCUGGGCGAAGGUACAGCUCCGAGGCAAAAAUGCUCACUCAUCUGCAUGGAUGUACAGCCAAGAAAGAUUCCUUUCAAAGACUCUGUCGCAAUGGUGCCAAGCAGAAACUGAUGGGGAUUUCCCAGACGUCUAUGGAUUCCUCUGUGAAAAAAACUAAGAAGAAUAUUUUCUGGGGUAUUGAAGUAGCUGAGACUCUCAACUGGCAAGGAUGGUCCCUAGGAAGGGAAUUCACUAAACACCUAAUAUUAAGAAAUGUAUGUCUGAAACCCCAGAAGCUGAAGUUCAGACCUCCCACUACACGUUUCUUCAUCACCAUUUUCCCACAGCCAAUUAUUCUGACUCCUGGAAUGUCCUUAACUUUGCCAAUUAUUUUCCGCCCUUUGGAAAAGAGGGAAUAUGAAGACAGCAUCCUCUUUGAAAAGCCAGAAGGAGAAUUUUCUGUUGCACUGCUAGCUAAGCUACCACGCCUUGAACUGCUUUUCCCACCUAUUAUCCAGCUUCCUCCCUGUGCUGUCUAUCAUUUUGUGGAAUCCUCCUUUGCUUUGUACAAUAAUGGGGAUCUACUGACAUGCUUUAGCUGGGAGGUGCCCGAACCUUUUUUUUUAAUUCCUUCUCGUGGCAUGUUGGAUCCUGGUGAAGAAUGCACAAUGAAGGUGACUUUUCAACCGGAGAUGGCUUUAGUAUAUGAUGUUUUAGCAACAUGCACCUUUGGAGACCAUCAGGAGCAGAAGACUCUUAAACUGAAAGCUGUUGGUAAAUAUCCCCACCUGCUGGUCAACGUGCCAGAAGACACCAAUGAAGAUAUCAAGCUUAUAAAGUUCCGGGAUGUGCUUUCCUUUGGCUCAGUUGCUGUUGACAGCAUUGUGGAGAAACCAAUGGAGAUACUGAAUGUAUCUAUGGUCGAUGCUCCAUUCAGGAUUGACAGAACGAAGGAGCCGAUGCUUCGUGAUCGUGUCUUUUCCUGCGACAUUACUCAAGCCAUUGUUAAAACUGGUGGCACAUCAGUCAUCCCUGUUAGGUUUAACCCCCACACUGUGGGUGUGAAAAGUGUGGAUUACUUCACCAUUGUGCCUUUGGGAAGUAGCACACAUUCUGUGUUGAAGGUGACAGGAUCAUGCAAAGGCCCUGCGGUAACUGUUCAGCAUCCUUUUGUUUACUUCAAUUGCAUUAAACUUGGUGAAUACUUAAACCAGCCAUUGGACAUCAUUAACAACUCCGACGUUCCAGCUUACUAUCAGUUUGACAUUGAUUGUACACAGAGUGUGUUUUCCAUUGACCGCCCUUAUGGAGUCUUGAAUGGAAUGUCAACCAUCACACUGAAGGUGACUUUCCAGCCUACUCACCCAAUUAUAUGCUACCGGCGUGUGGUUUGCCUUGUGCAUCAUCAGGAUCCAUUGUUCGUAGACUUGAUUGGGACCUGCCACACAGAAACCACAAGCCCCAACCCUCUGAAAGUGAAGGAUCUGAGCAGGUACCGGACACAUAUGGCCAGAGGACUGACCUUUUUCUCACCAGACAUCCUGAGCACCAUGCUGAAGGAAGGCAAGUUGCUGGUAGAUGAAAAUGGAGCUCUUACACUCCCGCCAGAGAUACUGCAGGACAAACCCCCCGAGGAGUACCCCGUCAUUGAACCCAUAGUUGAAUAUUUCCAUGAUGGUGUAUGCAGUGACCUCACUAUCUAUCCUCCUCACGUCAGCCUCAGCAUCAAGGAGUUUGAUUUUGGCUGCUGUGCAAGUCUUCGAGAGAUAGAGCCACUUCCUUUCUCUGUGACCAACCAUACCAAGGGGAAAGUCACCGUUAUAUGGACAAGAAAGCCAGACAGUCCUUUCCAGGUGAUGCCGGAGAGUUGUGACAUCCCGUCUCUAAAGAGUAUGGCUUUCCGCAUCACUUUCCAGCCUCCUCAGGUCAAUACUUUAUACGCAGCAGAACUCGAAGGCUUUGCUUUCUACAAGGUACUGAGACACUACAACAAUGUUGAGGAGCCCAUCACUAUGUGUCCAUCCUGGAGUUUGACCAUCCGCUUGCGUGGACAUACUUUUCAACCUGGGCGACAGCACUUUAUCCCACAGUUCACCUUGGAUUCUCAUAAGGUCUUUCCUCCAGUAUGUCGGAAUGUCACCACAUAUCGCAGCAUGUUAGUCCGCAAUGUGGGCACGACAGCCAUAUGUUUUAACAUUGGCCGAGAAAAGUGUCCUUCUGUCUUGGUCAAGCCCAGCUGUGGAUAUAUUAUUCCAGGAGCCCAUCAGAUCUUUUUCCUUUCAACUUGCCCCACAGAAACAACUAUACAACAGCACACUUUGCUCUUGCAUCUCAAUUUCUGGUCCUCUUUCACACAGGAGAUUUUCCUUCAGAGCAACGCUGAGCCUCUGGCCCUACUCUUGGAAGGGGAUGGCAAUCUGUACUUCAAACCCACCUGUGUGGGAUCCUGCUCUUCACGUACCUUCACCAUCAAAAACUGUACCCGAUUGCCUAUGCUUUUCAGAUGGAAAAUUCAGAAGUCUGACCAAAAGCUUCUGUCUGUCCAACCUGCCGAAGGGACACUACUACCCAAUGAAGCUUUAGCUCAGACAUGGACCUUCACUCCUGCUGAACAGAUCAAAUAUCUCCUGCGGAGCUGGGUGAUAGUUUGGAGAGACCAAGAAAUGCUGGAUGACAAGACUCCCAAGAGUAUUCGCUACGUUCUGCGACUUAUUGGGGAGGGAUCCUUUGGUACCAUAACACAAUAGAUCUUGAUCACUACAAAGGGACAGUUUGUGCUCGGGGAAAGAUCUUCUUGCAAGCAACUCUAAAACCAGCUCACCGGUUGCG